AAAAAAUCACGUAACGAGUCACGUAAUUAAUGAUAUAAAUCACGUAAUCAUGUGAUAACAUGAUUACAUGAUUUUAUAAUGUAAUUUUAACACGUGAUUUUUAAAAUUAUUAUAAAAAUAAUUAUGCAAUCAGUGCAAGCUUUUAUCUUAAAAUCAGCAAUCGAGUGCAUAUCUGUUUUCUAUAUGGUUAUGCCUCAAUUUAAUUUUACUUGAGAGAAGUUAACAAACAAUAAUAAUGGCUUUAAUCAAAUAAAAUCAUUUUUAAUCAUAACAAAUCUGAUAAUUGCACAUAUGCAGUCACGAAAAAUCAUUAUGUAAUCAGAUGAAAUCAUUUGCAAUCAGAUGAAAUCACUAUGAAAUCCUUAUGAAAUCAAGUCAGUUUUUAUUAAGGGCAAAGUCAGUAUUGGAUAGAAAGCAAACUCUGUUAGAGUCUUUUCUUUUAACCUUGAACCGAAGAAUAUGUAGACGGCUUCAAGGAACGUAAUUGUUUAAAUCGGCGUCUUGUAAAAGUACAAUACUGCAGUGUUAAUUUAAUAAUUGCUUCCAUUUUCAGUAUUGUGGACGAGAGAGAGAGAGAGAGAGAGAGAGAGACAAACCGGAGUAAAAUAACAAAUGUGUGUAUUGGGAAACCGGAGCACGUGGCGGUGUCGAGUCGCGGCGGUACCGAGUCAACUAUAAAUGGUGUGGUACGUUGUUAUUGGCGACGAGUGGUGCUCUGUUAUUCCCGACUCAUGGGUCUUCGAAAGCGAUUCAGUGAUUUGGUGGCCACCGAAAGGUAUCACUGUCACCACAGCAAUAUCAAAGGAAAUACAGUCCAACGAUACAUGGAGUCUAACUCCAAACAAACAGUUGAUUGGCCCAUUGUUUUUGUAGAGGAUAUUGGGAAAAUAUUUACAUUUCAAUUAACAGAAGUAGAAGCUGCAAGAGCAACUACAGAUAGUGUUUUUAUAUUAGACUUAGUUAAUAAAGAGUAUGCAAGGCAGAAGAAAACACAAAUUAGCAAGACCAAUGAGAGACUUGACCUUUGUAAUACAUUUAUGGAAAAAGAUUUAUCUCCUGUCCCGUGCUCAUCUAUCUCAGAGGUAAAUGAUUCUCUGGACAUCACAUCUGCACAAUCAGAUACCGUAUACUCAGUACCGCACACUUCAACACAAAAUGUUGAAGAGUCAACUGAUAAUGAAAAAACUUUAUUUAUAUGGUCAUCAAAGACUGUAUACUUACUCCUGGAGAAAUAUGAGGAACGAAUGAACGAAUUCUCUUCGGGAACAAAACGUCAUUCUAAAAUCUGGGAAAAUAUUGCAAGCGAGAUGAAUAAAGUUGAUCCAAAUAUUGCAGUAUCAGGACCACAAUGUCAGUCAAAAAUGAAUAGCAUAAAAAAAAUAUAUAGAAAAAUCAUAGACCACAAUAAUAUAUCUGGAAAUGAUCGAAAGUCAUGGCAAUAUUUUGAGAGAAUGAAUGAAUUAUUUGGAAAAUCAGGAUGGGCAAAUCCGAAAGCAACAGUAUCAGAUUCUGGACCUUCAUCUCUUGCAAAUUCAACAGAUGAAAAUAGCAAUAUCAAGAAACCUGCCAUUAAAAAAUUAAAAUCUGAUAAACUUUUAGAUGAAUUUGUGAAACAAAUGAAAGAAGACAGACAGGAGAGAGAGAAGAAAAAAGAGGAAAGGCAAUUAAUUAUAUUGCAAGAACUAAAAGAACAAAAAGAAAAGCAGCAUAAAGAGAAAAUGGAUAUAAUGAAAACAUUCUGCGAAGCUAUUUCAGGCAAAAAAUUAUUUGACUAACUAUUUUUACAUGAAAGAUUUGAGUUCCUAUAUUGUGUGCAAUUUUUAAGUUAACUUUAUUGUAUUCAAAAUAUUUAUUUUUAGUCACUUUCUUCAUUUAUUUUCAUUUUAUAUUUUAUGUAUUUCUUGCUACUUACCAUUGUACUUACUGUGAUUUUAUUAAUUAUUCUGCGUUUUAAAAUAGAUAUGACAAUUGUGAUAUUGGUUUAAGCAUAAUAUCUAUGAACUUUAUUUUUUUUUAUGUAUGUUGUUUAAACAUAAUAUCUAUGUAUUUUAAUUUUUUUUUUAUGUAUUUUUAUGUUUAAGUAUAAAGGUAUACUAGGAUAGGUGCACACAACAAUAAAAAAAUGUAAAGACUGAUUCAAAUUAAUUUGCAUACAUUUAUUCAUUUUUAUAAAGAUUUAGUUGAUGAGGAAAUAGUUUAUAAGAGUUAAUACAUUAAAAAGAUUUUAUAAAUUACGCAAAUACACGUUCAUUAUCUCUCAUUA